AUGAUCGCCUCGUUCUCAAGCUUGCUCACGCAUCGCGCAGCGGAGAUCCACCUGCAACUGCCACCGCAACACCUCCGAUCGACCAAAAAAGCCGAACUCAGAAACGAUGAGUCGGGGUGCAUUCCUCACAAUGUUUCUUGCAGGCGUCUUCCUCGCCUCUGCGACAAUCUGCGUCUCCUUCUUGAGCCGCAUCCAAGCACAGCGGAUAGAGGAGACGCAGGCACCGGAGCACCUUGGGCCGCGAGCAAAUCUUUCACCAUCAACAGCCACAGUGCCGGAUGGAACCUGCUACAGCAGACGUGA